AAAAUAUUGUUCAAGCGCAACUUUUCCAUGUGUAAGUCGGAUAAAGGCGGUCCACGGGACUCCCUGAAAAACCCCGUGGGUUCAGACUCAUUCACUUCUUGGAGAGGGGAGGAGUUUGCCAGAAACAGAGAAGGGUCACAACAAAACGUGCGCCCCCGACUGUAGACCCCGUGUGUCCGCCCUGCUCAGUGCCGUCCUGGAUGUCUCACUGACCUGGGUUCAGUGUAAAUGGACUUGUGGAUCCGCCGGGUCUGUUCUGGUCGUGACUGAGUGAGUGUGCGUCCUGAUCUCCGCAGUCGCUCCUGACAGUCCGAACCCGCGGAGAGGAUGGAUGGACCCCUCUCCCCGGCUGCCGUCUUGUCUCUAGUCCUGCUGACUGUCCUGUCCUCUUCAUCCUCAUCCUCAUCCUCUCUUGAGCCCUUCGACCUUUUAUAUGACAAUGCAGUCCAGGCCUUUUACAGCAGCGACUACCCCAACGUGGUGCGCUACAUGGAGGGCGCGCUCCGCAGUUACGCGGAGCUCCGGCGCACCAAGGUCCGGUGCCGGCUGAGAUGCCAGGACCAGCAUCCGUUUGAUGACACCUUCUCGGACCUGCGUUUCUUCGACGUGGUUCUCCGGAGAGCCGCUUGUAUGAACACAUGCAUCGAGGACAAACUGGGUGCGCAAUCCAUGCACAAAGUCAGCGAGGAUGUGGUGCAAGACUUCAACAGGCGGAUCCCCUACAACUAUUUACAGCUGGCUUAUCAGAAGUUGAAGCAGUCGGACAAAGCAGCGGCGGCAGCUCACACCUAUUUCCAGGCCAAUCCAGAACAUGUGGAAAUGGGCCAGAACCUGGAGCAGUACAAAGACCUGCAAGGGGUUCAGGAGGAACACUUUGUGGACCGAGAAGCCCGCGCCCACCAGCAUGCCUUCACAGAAGCAGUCCAGUUGUAUGACAGAGGUGAUUAUGAGGCGGCCAUCGCUCUCUUCGAGGAGGCUCUGGUGGAGUAUUUUAAGGCAGACGUGGAGUGUCGGGCCCUGUGCCAAGGGCCACAGAGGUUUGAGGGCCACGAUCAUGUCCGCUAUCGGUACAGCCUCCAUGAACUUGUAUCAGACCACUUCACUCAGGUUCUUCACUGUGAACAUGAGUGUGUUAGAGACCUCGCCACCCGACCGGGCCGCCUCUCCCCCAUGGAGAAUUACCUGCCUCUGCAUUACGACUACCUGCAAUUUGCAUACUUCCACAUGGACAGACUAGAGGAGGCACUACAGUGUGCUCUGACCUACCUUUUAUUCCAUGAAGGGGAGGAGUUUAUGACAGACAACGUGGAUUACUACAGAGAGAUGCUGGGACAUGACGGCAAACCACGAGAGGAGGUUGCCUGGUACCUGAGGAGGCACAAACAGGAAUUGGAGCUGCUUCUCAUCGGCAGCAAAACCAUGGGUGUUGAAUUCACCGAAGGGAAUUACUGGAGCAGCACAGGUGGAAGAGAUGACUCCAACAGGAUUCCCUCUGGUACUGAUGGCUGGAUGGAGUAUGUUCCCAUUUCAGAGAAGAAGAACAUUAAUAUAACUGCUGACCAACCACUCAAAGAAGGUGGUCCUCUGGUCUAUGACAGUGUGCAGCUGGUGCAGAACUCUGCAGCCUUGAACGGGACCCAGAGGGUUCUGCUGGAUAGUGUUAUAUCUGAGGAUGAGUGCUCCCAGCUCAGACACCUGGCACAUUCUGUGACCAUGGCAGGAGACGGUUACAGAGGAAGGAUGUCUCCACACACACCCAAUGAACGGUUUGAAGGAGCCACUGUCCUGAAAACCCUGCAGUUCGGCUACGAGGGCAGGGUGCCUCUGAGGAGCGCUCGUCUCUUUUAUGAUGUCAGUGAGCGAGCCAGGCGUAUUAUUGAGUCUUACUUCCUGCUCAACUCCACACUGCAUUUCUCCUACACACACCUGGUGUGUCGGACAGCCAUCACAGGCCAGCAAGACCACAGGAAUGACCUGAGCCAUCCCAUUCAUGCUGAUAACUGUCUGCUGGAUCCUGAAGCCAAUGAGUGCUGGAAGGAACCGCCAGCUUAUACAUACAGAGACUACAGCGCACUCUUAUACCUAAAUGGUGAUUUUGAAGGUGGAGAGUUCAUAUUCACAGAAAUGGACGCCAAAACAAUCACGGCGUCAGUGAAGCCAAAGUGUGGCAGGAUGGUGGGUUUCUCAUCAGGAGGAGAGAAUCCCCACGGUGUGAAGGCCGUCACCAGUGGGCAGAGGUGUGCUGUGGCUCUGUGGUUCACCUUGGACCCCCUCUUCAGAGAACUGGAGCGUCUUCAGGCCGAUGAGGUGAUCAUGGCACUGGACACACAGUCUGUUUGGGGUCAAGGCCUCAACAUCAACCCUAAAGAUGAACUGUAGAAACACAGCUUUAGCCUCAUCAAUCAAAUGCUUCUAUAUAAAUAUAUAUUUUAACUAUUUAUUGAAUGACCUUUGAUUUAGAACAAUUCUAUUUUUGUAAGAGCAAUAUUAAUAAUAUUGUCAUUUUGUUCUUGUCUGUACACACCAGUACUUGAGUUUACCUCUGGUUACAAUUAUCAGUCGUUAUUUAGUUUUUUCCAGUUUGAGCUGACAGAGCAGAGCAUUUUAUUUACACUGAGAUCAUUUCUAAUAUCACUGAACUGUGAAAAGAGGAAGAAAAGCAGCAAACGUGUUUCUGUUUGGGUUGUUUCUUUGACACUUUGUACAGUUUAAAAAAAAACAAA